CUCGGAGGCCGGUACCGUCCGGCCCUGGGCGGUGGUUUCCGUGAGUAGCCGCCCGGCGCAGCGGCCGGCCCGGACAUGGCCUCCUUCAUCGCUCAUCCUUCCGUACGCAUCAAAGGAACAGAACACCGCUACAGCCCGGUCUUGUGCCAAGAUGACCAGUGUGCUGCCCGUAUCAAAGGGAGGCACACCCACUGUCCAUUCUGCAGCAUUUCAGAGGCUUAUCAGGACCCGUUCAUUCUCCGGGCUCACUACCGGGUCAAACACGUGGACAAGGGGCUUGACUUUGCAGGACUGAAGAUCCUGCGCUGCUGCAAUCACUGUGAGAUCGUGGGCACGAUCAAAGGGGAGAAGAAGUUCAAAGGGGCACACUGGCACUGCUACCGCUGCCGCAAUGGCUUCAACCGGCGGGAUGAGGCAGUGAAGCACUACAAAACCCACUUCCGGAACCCCCACACCACCUUCCAGAUCCAGAUCACACAGGAUGUCAACAGUCGCCAGUAUUACCAGCACAGCGCCGAAGCCCACCCCAAGGCCUAUGGCAGCCUCCAUGUCUCCACCGGAGCCAGCAUCGAUGUGAUGGCCAUAGGCUCGGUGCUGGCCCAGACCAUCCUGGCAUCAGGAUCGCCUGUCUUCUCCCCCGACAAAGGGACAGAAAACCUCUUGGACAGCCCUGUCAAGAACAGCCAUUUCAACAGCAGGAUCAUGCUGGGAGUAGAGGAGAUGGCGGGGCUCAGCACUUCCUCCUCAUCCCUUCCUACCCAUCAGACCCUGGUGCUGAUGGACCCUGAUGGAGGCAGUGGCAACAUCAUCUUUGAAGAGGGAGCCAAUUCUGUGGCAGGGCAGCCCAGUGAGGGGCUGGAUCAGAACCUGCUGGAGAAACAACUGAUUGAGCUGCACCAGCAGAACCAGCAGCUGCUGGAGGAGAAGAAGGAGAUGGAACAGAAGUUUCGGGCAGAGAUCCUGCAGUUAAAGGAACAUAUUGCCAGCAUUGUCCAAGCUAACAUCCGCAUGGCAGAGGAGCUGAAACGGUACCGAACCUCAGAUGACCUGGAGAAGAAAGUCAGCAAGAUGGUUGAACAGAUGGAGUGGCAGCACCGGGAAUUGCUGCGGAUGCAGGUGGCAGCUCUGCGGAAGGAGUUUGCCCAGAAGGAGAGUCGGCUGACAAACGGCAAAUCCACACCUCCAGCAGACGCUGCCCUGGAAACCAGGGAGCCGGCUGUGACCUCCUCCAUGCACACUCUUCUGGCCAACGCUGCCCUGGCCUCCCGGUUCACCCUGCCCAACAGUCUGGUGGGUCCCCAGGACACUGCGACACCUAGGCCGUUAGACAUUAGCACUGGGGAUGUCAUUUCCUUCACUGAGCCGCCAGAAAGCUUCCCUGGCACUGGGGGCAACAGCCUGGAAAAGCUGGAGAUCGUGGAGCUGCACCUGGACACGAAACCGAGCAUAGUGAACCAGGAAGCUGGCUCCCCACCAGCUCACGUCCAGCUCCUACCCACUGGCGAAAUGAACGAACCCAUGGGACUGCUGCCUUCACCGGGUGGAGAGAAGCGGCUGGCACAGCACAUGUUGGCAAGAGAAACCAAAGCCAAACAGCAGCGGACAGUCUGAUCCCACGCGGGGAGCUUACAACACACAAGCCCUGACAAACCUCUCUCUUCCUAAGCCAGUAGCCAAACAAACUUGCCAGUUCCGUUUUGUAGCCAGUGCUUUAAACUGAUAGUUAUACAUGGUGCUGUCAGUUAUUAAACUGCCCUUAAGUUAUACAUUUAUCCA